AUGACUUGGAGUGACUGGACUUCGAAAAUUGACGCCAAGAUUGCAGCAGGACCCGUGGGUCGCUACUUCCGCCUCGAUGGCUCAGGUCACCCCCGCGAGCGCAAGGGCUCUUACUUCUUCACCGAGAUCCGCGCCGGUCUAGCCACCUUCUUCGCCAUGGCUUACAUCAUCGCCGUCAACUCUUCCAUCGUCGCCGACACGGGCGGUCCCUGCGUGUGCGAGGCUACCACCGCCGAUCCCACCUGCGAUGCCAACGAUGAAUACCUCAUGUGUGUUCAGGCUGUUCGUCGUGACGCUGUCACUGCCACUGCCGCCAUCUCUGCCCUCGCCACAUUUUGCAUCGGUCUCUUUGCCAACAUGCCCGUCGGUCUUGCCCCUGGAAUGGGCCUGAACGCCUACUUUGCCUACACCGUCGUUGGAUACCACGGCACCGGUCCCGUUCCUUAUCAGGUUGCCUUGACGGCCAUCUUCGUCGAGGGCUGGAUCUUCUUUGCCCUGGCCAUCUUCGGAAUGCGACAGUGGCUUGCGCGCGCCAUCCCCGCCACCAUCAAGACGGCCACUGGUGUCGGUAUCGGGCUCUUCCUCACGCUCAUCGGUCUGACCUACAGCGAGGGUAUCGGCCUGAUCGUCGGUUCUCAGGACACGCCCACUGAGCUCGCUGGUUGCUCACCCGCUAACCAACUCGAGGAUGGGACGUGCCCAGACUGGGACAAGAUGCGCUACCCGUCUAUGUGGAUCGGCAUCUUCUGCGGCGGUAUCCUGACCGUCAUUCUCAUGAUGUACCGCGUCAAGGGUGCCAUCAUUAUUGGUGUCGCACUCGUCAGCAUCAUCUCGUGGCCUCGCGGCACCCCCGUCACCUACUUUCCGUACACGUCCGUAGGCAACGAGUCCUUCGACUUUUUCAAGAAAGUCGUCGACUUCCACGCCAUUUCCAAGACACUAAACGUCCAGGAGUGGGACGUCUCGGGUUACGGCGGGCAGUUCGGCCUCGCCCUCAUCACCUUCCUCUACGUUGACAUCCUCGACUGCACCGGUACCCUGUACGGUGUCGCCCGUUUCGCCGGCCUCAUAGACCCUGUUACCCAGGAUUUCGAGGGCUCUUCAGUCGCCUACAUGGUUGAUGCCAUCUCCAUCUCCAUCGGUGCCCUACUUGGUGUGCCCCCUGUCACUGCCUUUGUAGAGUCUGGUGCUGGAAUCUCCGAGGGUGGCAAGACGGGCCUUACGGCCAUGGUCACGGGCAUCUGCUUCUUCAUCUCCGUCUUCUUCGCCCCUAUCUUCGCAUCCAUCCCUCCCUGGGCCACCGGCUGCGUCCUCAUCAUCGUGGGCUCCAUGAUGGCCUCAGCUGUCAAGGACAUCAACUGGAGUUACAUGGGUGACGCCAUACCCGCCUUCCUCGCCAUCGCCCUCAUGCCCUUCUGUUACUCCAUUGCCGACGGUCUUAUUGCCUCUGUCUUCAGCUACAUGAUCAUCAACCUCACCAUUUGGGCCGUCAAGGUUCUCUCGGGUGGAAGGAUCCUUCCUCCAAACUACGACGAGAAGGAGCCCUGGACGUGGCGUCUUGCCGGCGGGUUUCUCCCCCCUUGGUUGGUCCGCCUGUCAAAGGGCAAGAAGGACUUUUGGAGGAGCGACGCGAACGUCUCAGAGAUCACUGAGCAAAAGACGGGAGAUUCGUAUGCCAACAGCGCCGAGGGCCAGCAGAAGCAGUCAGACAAGUCUACAGUCCCUGUCGCUGAUACGCAGAACAAGAAAACGGAUGAGGUUAUGUAA